UUACUUAGUAUGAUCUUGUAUUUCUUGUGGCAAAGUACCUCGUUUACUGGCUACUUGAGUCAUCUCCAUUGUAGCUAGUUUGUUCCUAAGAAAAAAAAAACGUUGCUGACAGUUGAGUAUAGCUGCAACGUCAGAGAACAGACAGAAAAAACAAGAGGGAAGAUGAGUCAAAGCAAGCAGCAAGAGCAGGAUGAAAUCCCAGCAUACCUCAAAGAUGAGCAUCCAGCAGACGGUAACAAGGAUCACCCCGCGCCCCAGCCAGGCAUGUUCUCCAGAGUGACUGGAGGACUCUUCAGUGUCACUAAAGGUGCUGUGGGAGCCACUGUGGGUGGGGUGGCCUGGAUAGGAGGGAAGAGCUUCGACCUGACCAAGACCGCUGUCACCUCAGUGGCCGCUGUACCUGGCAUUGGGGUGGGGCUGGUGAAAGGAGGGGUGUGUGCUGUAGCUGGAUGCGUGUCUGCAGUAGGCUCAGCUGUGGCCAAUAAAGUUCCUAUUGGAGGAGGCAAGAAGAAGGACAAGUCUGACUGAGGAGGGGACGGACGGCGAUGCCGUUUUGGGUCUCAUGUCUGUUUCGUCUACAGUGUGGAGGGGCCUGGAGGGCUACAGAGGAUUCAAAGUCGUGUGUGUGUUCUCUUUUUGUGGAGGCCUACACUCUGAUCCGCAAGUGUCUAUGGACCACUCUCAUUAUGUGGCGGCCUGGUCACAGAGGGGGAGACUAAAUAAGUUGUUUCCUGGUCAGUAGUGCAGGGGCCACCCCACCUGUCUUUGUCUGCAAUAAUAACCAGUGCCUCAAACUGUUGGAAUAUGAAAUGACUGACUGUGAAUGUUGUAUUUACUCUGUAGAUAAAAACCAGCCAAGAAAAUAUUAGGCCUAUUAUAUUGCUUAGUAUUUGUUCCAUCUCCAGGUCGCUGUUUAAGAAACAGGCCAAGAACAUUUUCACAAUGUUUAAGGCGGUGUUCAUGUUCAUUGCUGUGUUUGGCAGUCAGACAAUCAGUGAUCGAUGCCUAGUCCGGCACCUCUAACAGUAAAUAAAAAGGAUCUCAUGGGGGGGGGUUUGGUGCUGGGACUGCACAGGGGGUUACUACCUUGACCCCCGAGCAGAGGUGUGGUUCAGAUCGAAGAAGCCAGCACCGGGCUGCUCCAACCACCGAGGCAGCGCCUUGUUUUGAAAAGUAUUGGUGACGGCGGGGAGUUGAUGGCUGCACUCCAUCUCUCUGAUUGAUUCUAUUUCUGAGAUUACGGACUCUAUGCGUCUGGGGCCCAGCCGCUCAGCCUUGGUGCUCUUUCCCACAACAACACUCAUCACUCUCCCACCCCUCCCCAAUAAUUACCGCGGCACGCUGGGGUUACAACGCUACCUGCAAGGGCUAUGGUAGACUGAACACUGCUAGGGAAGUCAAUGUUCCUGACUAUAUGUUUAUGCUGGUGGAUAUUGUUUUCUUUUGUUUUUUCUUCUUCCCCUGUAAAGUAUACGAUUUAUAUCUCAAACUCCCCAUUCCUGAUGUGAGGGGGAUUUUUUUUCUUUUUUCGUAGGGAUAUUAUUUCUCCACCAGGGAAAUGCUCUAAAGUGGACAUGUUCAUUUCCAUUCAUCUUUUUCAUCUUCAGAAAACGCACUCUGGUGCAAGUAAUGUAACCUUAUGUUUUUCAAUGACAAAGUAGUUUUAGGAUCCGUUUCCCCUUUGAUGGUAUGGACUCUUCAUUUUUUCACUGAUGGUGCGUUGAAUCACGGAGCUCUGUCACUGCUGUUCCUUCCUCUCUCGCUAUAUUUUGAUCUUUCACUUUACAGCAAGGUGCCUUAUUCCCACAAGAAAGCCUGAACUAAAGUAACUUAUAUAUUUUUUUAACCUACCACUAAUAUAUCUAUCAUCUUAUUCCGUAGUCCACAUGUUCUACUGCCAAAAAACAAACUAGCCUACUUUAGCAUUAACCAUUUCUGAAUAAAUUUAAGGAGUUGUCUUUUUCUAUUGUUUGUAUUAGAAAUAAAAUGUAUUCAUAUUAUUAAUAUACAUUUCCAGUCAAGUUUGAACACCCUUUGCCUUGAUGACAGCUUUGCACACUCGUGGCAUUCUCUCAACCAGCUUCAUGAGGUAGCUAUUUGGAAUGCAUUUUAAUUAACAGAUGUGCCUUGUUAAAAGUACUUUUUGGAAAUUU